CUUCUAACGAAGCGAAAAAACUACGUUCGAUUUGAAAUAUCUACUUGGAAAUGAAAUGAAAAUUCACAAAAAAUUUUCAUUUUUUACGAUUCAUACACGUUUGCUGCGAUAGAAUGUAUAAAAUAUGUUUUUUGAUAGCGAUUAUUGUGCAGAACUUCGCAUGUAUUUUCGGAAGAACUGAAGAAGUAUGCUCAUUACGAGUAGAUACAGAUUUUAUCAAAGUAAAACAGCCGCUGAUGGUCGUAUCUGAUGGAAAAGAUUAUUCGUUAGUGUCUCCCGAAAAAAAUAAAGGAGAAUCGGUAAUAAACUUGACCGGAGAUGAUAAAGUAAUAUUAGUAUGCCCAGGAAAAGGAAACCAAUUGCUCAGAAUGAAUAAAGAUAUCGCGGUUACGACGUGUAAACGGAAUAAAUUACAAACUGAUGAUGGAAGGCAGAUAAUCAAAGGCACCGAUCAGUUCUCUUGUAAAGACGAGAUCACACCUUUGAUAGAAAACACUGGUCGAUCGUGUGGCGAAAAUUCACAAUCCACUAUUUUCAACAUAGAAUAUCUGGCCGAAUCAUUGGAUAAAACGUUCAAGAUGCUGACAAUCUGCCACGAUGUUGUCAACAUGAACACCAUAUAUUCUACCAACACUAUUAAAGGAAAAUCAGUCGAUGCUCGUCAAAAAAAUGUACCAAGGCCAGCGGGAUUCAUGGAAGGUAACUUGAAAAUACUGUACAAUGGAGGUUCACCUAACGAAUUUUAUUUGAAGAAAAAUCAAAUCGAACGAUUUAAAAAAAUAUUCCAAACAGAAAAUGUCAGCAGUUACGUAGAUUUGUACUAUAAAUACCUAUCAAGAGGGCAUUUGACUCCGGACGCUGACGAGGCAUUAUCGAGCUGGAAAGUAGCCACCUACAUGUAUAUCAACGUAGCUCCUCAAUGGCAGUCUAUAAAUGCUGGGAAUUGGCUCAAAGUAGAAAAUAAAGUCAGAGAGGCUGCAUCAUUGUCACAAGACGAAUUCACUAUCAUUACGGGCACCUAUGGCGUUAUGAAGUUACGUAUUGGUCAAAUAGAGCAUGAAAUUUAUUUACAUCCAGAUAACAAAUUGAGAGUACCGGAACAAUUCUGGAAAGUAGUUUAUCACGAGAAAACCCAAACAGCCAUCGUCGUAAUAACCUCGAAUAAUCCGUUCACAAGAAUCAAACUUUUAUGCCCAGAUGUCUGUAAAGAUUAUAACUGGUCGCAGGAUACAUUCCAAUCGAAUAAAUAUUUUUCCAGAGGAUAUACGUACUGUUGCACGUACAAAAGUUUUCAAGAUGCAGUUCCCUAUGUUCCCUCAUUAACAGUGCAGGGAACUUAUACCUUGCCAAAAAAACCGCCUCUGUCCAGAUUUCGUUCAGCUAUUAAAACAGUUGUGCGAGAUAAUGUGCAAGAAAAAUGGAAUCAAUGGAAUCAAUGGAAUCAAGCUCGUAAAAAUAAAAAAACGCAAUAAGAUAGUACAUGAAAAUUCAUCAUUUUUUUCUUUAAAAUUUGAAUUGUAACUCUUGCGCAGCAGUUUCUAAUAAAGCGCAUGAAAAUUC